AUGAUGGUGGAGUUGUCGUGCUGUCAGGGAUCUUGCGAAAUGGGUCGUAUUGGAGAGGACUCUCCUGAGGCCGAUGGAUUUCAAAUCAGAGCAACGCACGUAGAACGAUUAUUUCGACAAAACGUCCGUUCUAAUCGAAGUAAAAGCCUCGACUACCGGAACGAUCGACUGUCUACACGACCCGUUGGAGGGAGCAGCAGCACACGUCAAAAUAGGAACAAGUGUCGACCAAUGGAAGAUGGAGAGCUUUUACAGGACGCCAUACCACCUGGUCGCCUGCGUUAUCACGAAUACUUCAAAUCACAUGCAGCGAAUUUUGCCAUCGUAUUGAACCUUGUCAUUACCAACCUACAAGACAAUUUUGAGCACACCUGUGAGGCCUUGCAGACUCUUGGUUACCAGCACGUUGCCUUGAAAGCACGAGGAUUUCAAUCAAUGUACUGGGAUAUAUUCACUGACUGCUUCGAGCGAAAUCGGCCGGUGACUUUCCGAAGAGAAGUCGAAAAAGAGGCUUGGAGCCGAAUGAUUUUGUUCAUCCUAUCGCAAAUGAAGAUUGGCUAUCAUCGCGGAACUAACGAUCGGAAAAUCGGAAGACAAAGUGUGCCAAUCAUUUUCUGA